AUGGCUUCUGCUUCAAUGGCUAUCCCACUGAUGUCUGCCACCCAAAACAGACUAAACCAGUCUAACUCUGCAUCACUGUUCAAAUCAGUCCCAGUCAGGCCAUCAAAGAAGGCUGCUUUUGUGAAGCCAAAGUCCAAAGGCAUGCUUAAGGUGGAGGCAUCUUUCAAAGAAAAGGCAGUGACAGGCCUAACAGCAGCUGCAUUGACAGCCUCCAUGGUGAUACCUGAGGUGGCUGAGGCUGCAGGCUCUGGCCUCACACCCUCUCUCAACAACUUUUUGCUUAGCAUUGCUGCUGGUGGAGUUGUGCUUACAGCCAUUAUAGGAGCUGUUGUUGGGGUCUCUAACUUCGACCCAGUUAAGAGAACCUGA